CGCGGAUGGUACAGGCGCGUGCACCUAGAUCUAGGUGCACCUGAACCAAAACGCAGAAAAAUAAGAACAAAACGCAAAAACAUAAAAAAGCAAUAAAAAACAUAAAAGAACACAAAAACAUAAAAGAAAGAACAUCAAGAAUUAAACCAAAAGAACAAUAAGUAAAACAGGAAAGAACAAUAGCAUUGAAAACGCAGAAAAAUAAGAACAAAACGCAAAAACAUAAAAAAGCAAUAAAAAACAUAAAAGAACACAAAAACAUAAAAGAAAGAACAUCAAGAAUUAAACCAAAAGAACAAUAAGUAAAACAGGAAAGAACAAUAGCAUUGAAAACGCAGAAAAAUAAGAACAAAACGCAAAAACAUAAAAAAGCAACAAAAAACAUAAAAGAACACAAAAAUAUAAAAGAAAGAACAUCAAGAAUUAAACCAAAAGAACAAUAAGUAAAACAGGAAAGAACAAUAGCAUUGAAAACCAAAAAAGGUUAAAACAACAAAUAAAUAAAAACACGUAAAAGAACAAUAAGUAAAAACACGUAAAAGAACAUAAAACACUAAAAAGAAAGAACAUCAGCAAUUAAACGAAAGAACAAAUAGAAAAGAACAAUCAUAUUAAAAACCAAAAAGAUUAAAACACGUAAAAGAACAUAAUACACUAAAAUGAGAGAAGAUCAGAAAGUAAAGGAAAAGAACAAAAAGAAAAAAAGAAAAACACAAACAUAUUAAAAACCAGAAAGGUUAAAACAAGGAAAGAACGAUUUCUCUGCACUUUUAAAAAGAACAUGGCAAAUGCAACACCAGACGCACAAAAGAACAAAAGAACCAACUAAAAGAACAACAAAAACGUUAAAAAGUGAAAAAACCGCCAAACAGAAGUUUUUUAUUGAAAUAAUGAACGUGGCAAGAAAAAAACCGCAAAACAGAAGUUUUCCUAUGAAAACAUAAAACGUGGCAGUUAAUUUCUCUCUCCUCAAAAUCUUUUAAUAAAAAAAAAAAUUAAAUAAGUUACUUGUCUUUCAUUUUGUAUUUUAAAAAAUUAAAAAAUAGAUUACUGUUUAAAAUAAAAAAAAUUAAAAAAUAUAAUUUAAGUAAAAACAGUAAUAAAAAACAAAUUUAAAAAUACUAACAACAGAUAAUAAAAAGAACACAAAGGAGACUCAAACGAACAUCAUUUUCUUUACUUAUAGGCCAAAAGAACAAAAGAGCGGACGAAAAGAACAACAAAAAAAAAGGAAGUUUAAAUUUGAAAAUACUGUAGCAGUUAUUUUCUCUCUCUUCAAUUUAUCAUAUAUAAAUACAUCAUUGAAUGCGACAUUUAUUUUCACUUUCACACUCAACCUACAUGCAAAACCUUCACUCACCAACAAUCAAAAAAACAGUGCAAAACCUUUCAAAUUAUUGCAAAUCCGAACUUCUCCAAUUUGGAAUUCUACUAUUUUCACUCUAAAAACUUCCCCAAUUUGUUUUUUGGAAGUGAUAAUCUGGUUACAAAAACUUGAACCCUAACAAUUGAAAAUGGGGAAAUCGAAAAAAGGAGAAGAAGUUGAUGCGAAAUGUUCUAUUGAGGAUGAUGUUCCUUUGACAACGACUUUAUUGAACUUAAGAAACAAAAAGAAGAAAGAGAAAGAAAUUACACCAACAAUUGAUGCGGAUUUGUUGGAAGAUAUCAACAAAGAAGUUUCAGAAACGGAAGAAGAAGAAGAAGAGAGCGAACUUUCCAAACAAAGGAAAGCAUUGCAAGAACAACAGAAGAUGGUGCAAGCACUUCAGGAAAAGCUGCUACAACAGGAAAAGCAGCUGGAUCUGAUUGAACAAAAAAAGAAGGGUGGAGAAGGACAAAAAAAUUCCAGCAAAGAUCCUGAAAAGCAGGAAGAAACUGAAAAGAAAGAGCAUGAAGUAAAAGUGCAUGAAGAAGUGAAAGAACCUGAAAAAGAGGAGGCUGAGGUAAAAGUUCCAGAAGAGCUGGAUGAACCAGAAAGAAAAGAAAAGAAAACGAACUUAAAAAUUACUUUGAGAAAGAAAAAAGACGGAGAAGAAGCUGGUGAGGAACCUGAAAAAGCAAAGGGGAAGUCUAGGAAAUCAAUACCAAACAGGAAAAGGACAAGAAGUCAAUUGCUGAAAGAAGAAUUUCCCGAUCUUAUAAAAGAGGUAAAGCAGGAAUUGGAAGAGGCACAUAAGAAGAAGAGCUUGUUGCCUGCUGAGAAAAUUUCAACAAAAAAAGUUGCACCAAAUGCUAAGAAGGGGAAUGGAGUUACUUUGAAAAAGACUACAGCACUUAAGAGGGGUAGCAAAGUUAAUCAGAUAGUUGUGAGGGAGGUUUAUGAAGACGAGGAAGAUGAAGAAGGAGGUGAAGAAGAAGGUGAAUAA